GAAGAGUACAAGUUGAAGGUGGAUAACUGAUCAGAGACGACAAAGAACCGAGACCACACAAGGAUCGCACCUCUGAUCUGAUAAUCAACAAUCAAACAUUGCCAUGAGUUCAAAAACAAACCAGGACCCAAAAGCCUUCGUGGCUAUCAAGAAAAGGUCCAGGGUUCCUGGGGUUAUGAUCACUCAGACUGUGGAGCAACUGCCAGCAGGAAAAUCGACCCCCGACUUUACCCGCAAACCAAUGGCUGUGACUGUCCAAGAAGGUAAAAAAGCCUUUUUCAAAGUUAUGGUUAGUGGAGAGCCAGCACCAACUGUGACAUGGGGGCGUAAUAAAGGUGAAAUAGAUGACCCAGAAAAGUACAAGCCUAGAUAUGAUGAAAGAACUCGAGAACACAUUCUUGAGAUAAUCAACAUCAAUCCAGACCAAGCAGACACUUACAAGUGUUUUGCCACCAAUGAAUAUGGAAAAGCUGUCUGCACCACCACUCUCAAUGUCAUUGCAGCCGGCUUCAAGAAGAAAAGCCAGGGAGGAAGUGGGCAGGAACCACAUGAUUUCAGAUCAAUGCUCAAGAAAACUGUUGUUGUUACUAGGAAAAAGCAACUCCCACCACAGAAAGAGGGAGAAAUUGAUCCUAAACUCUGGGAACUGCUUAUAAGUGCACCAAAGAAAGAUUAUGAAAAAAUCUGCUUGGAAUUUGGGGUUACUGACUUUCGGUGGAUGUUGAAAAGAUUGAACCAGAUGAAGAAGGAAAGGGCAGACGAACAGGCAAAGGUUGUAGAGAAGCUGGAAAAUGUGAAACAAAUUGAAGUGAAACCAAACGGAAAAGCUGAAUUUGGAUUUGACAUGCAGCUAUGGGAUCCCAACAGUGCAGUUAACUUAUACAAGGAUGGCAUAAUGGUUCCUUAUGCAGAUGAUGAAAAUUCAAAACAUAGCCUUAGGAAAAAAGGAACAAAUUAUCUUUUUACCAUUAAAGACCCUCAGCCAGAAGAUGCUGGAUUUUACCAGGUUGAUGUCGAAGAGGCAAAUGUUCUUACAACUGAGUUCAGAGUGCCUGCAGUGGAGUUUGUAGACAAGAUUAAGGAUGCUAAAGCUGUUGAAAGUGAGGACGCUGUAUUUCAGUGCGUUUUGUCAACACCACUCAACAGAAUUACUUGGUCAAGAGAAGACUCCUCACUUGAACAUGGGGACAAAUAUGAGAUCACCGUCUCAGAGGACAAACUAACUCACACAUUAAGAGUAAAAGAUUGUGAAAUUGCAGAUAAGGGGGCAUAUUAUGCCAUUGCCGGUAUUGCUUCCAGCAGGGCCUCUCUCAUGGUGGAAGAGGAUCCACAUGGUCGGAAAGGUCGCAAGGGAACCAAAACCAUUGGACAUGAUAACCUGUCUAACCAAGGCUUGGACAAGGCAAAGAUUUCAAAAGAGAAAGAUGACUUGGAGGCAGUCAAUCGAGCACUUGCUGAAAAGAAAGCUGCAGACGCACUCGGAGAUGCGAAAGAUGGGGGUGAUGGAAGAGAUGGUUUAGGGGCUGGGGAAGGUUCUGGUGGCAAAACUGGUGAUGGUUCUGGUGGCAAAACUGGUGAUGGUUCUGGUGACGGAAGUGGGGAUGGUUCUGGUUCUGGUGACGGAAGUGGGGAUGGUUCUGGUGACAGGGGUGGUGAUGGAACUGAUGGAGAUGAUAAGAACCACUUCAGAGGAGAAGAAGAUGAUGAAGAUACAAAAGAUGAUGCGCGUAAGAAGAAGCGAUCACGAACUGGGCCUUUGGUUCCUGAGACUGUCUUAGAUCGAGGUGUUCAAUUUGUCAGUGGGCUAUCAGAUACGAAUGCCAAUAUUGGAGAACGGGUGGAGAUGUCUUGCAAACUAAGCAGUGAGACGUCAGAGGGCCGCUGGUACAAAAAUGGGAAACUGCUAACAAAUGAAGAUGGGGUAACAGUUAUCAAAGAUGGAGCCUUUCACAGGCUGAUAGUUGAUUGCUGUAAAAAAGAUGACGCAGCUGUGUACCGCUUUGAAGCUGAAGGACGUAAAUCAGAAGCAACACUUAAUAUUCAAGAUCCACCAAAAAUGGACCCUGAUGCACUAGGAAAUUUCACAAAGCCAGUCAUCAUAAAGGCAGGCGAAAAUGCUGAAUGGAAGCUGCCAUUCUCAGGCCAAGCACCAAUGACUAUACAGUGGUACAAGAAUGACGAUGAGCUGCUGCCAGCCCUCAAUGUGAAGAUUGAAACUUCUGAUUCUGAGAGUCAACUACGCCUUAUCAAGUGUCAAAGAAAAGACAGUGGAGAGGUGAAAAUCAAAAUAAAAAAUGAAUUUGGUACAACAGAGGCAGUAUCCAAACUUAUUGUACUGGACAAACCAACACCUCCACAAGGGCCUGUGGACAUUAUGGAAAGUGCUGUGACAUCUGUUGAAUUCAAAUGGAAACCACCAAAAGACAAUGGCGGAUGUCCGAUCGCAAACUACAUCAUAGAGCGACAACAAGUAGGGCGAAAUAAAUGGACAAGUCUUGGUGAGAUACCCGGCAACAGCCCAAGUUACAAAGAUUCAGAUGUGGACCCUGGAAGGAGAUAUUGCUACCGGAUCAGAGCGAAGACUGCAGAAGGUAUCAGUGACUACUUGCAGACAGAGGACAUACCAGCUGGUAUAUUACGUUUUCCUGGACCGCCAGCUGUACCCAAAGUGGUCAGUGCCUUUAAAGACUGCAUUAAUCUUACUUGGAGUCCUCCAUGUGACACUGGAGGAACCAAAAUAGUGGGAUACAAUUUGGAAAAGAACAAGAAAGGCACCAAUUACUGGAGCCUUGUAAAUCAAAAAGGGCCAAUUACAGAUACAAAGUAUGCAGUUAAAGAUGUAUUUGAAGGAGCAGCAUAUGAAUUUAGAGUGUCAGCUGUCAACCUGUCUGGUGCUGGAGAUCCCAGUAUUCCAUGUGACACAGUUAUUGCAAGAGAUCCAAUGAAACCCCCAGGCAAAGUCACAGACCUUAAAUUAACAUCUUCCAAUUACACGACAUUUUCGCUGGCUUGGACUAAACCUAAGGAAGAGCAAGGGGUAGAAGAUGAAGCCCAAGGGUAUUAUGUGGAGAUCAGACCAAUAGAGAGCCUUGAAUGGACCCGCUGUAAUACCACCCCAAUUACUCUAACAUCCUACACUGUGCUUGGCCUUAAGGCAAUGGCCACAUACUGGGUGAGAGUAAUUGCCACCAAUUAUGGAGGUGAUGGAGAACCUCAGAGCUUUGAUAAUUAUAUCAUUGCUAUGCCUCCUCCUGUCAAACCAAAGUUUAAAGACCGCAACAUAAAGACCUUUGUGGUGGUGAAAUCUGGAAACACUGUUCGCCUCAACAUCAACUUUGAGGCAUCUCCCACGCCUGAAAUCUUUUGGUUAAAGGAUGGUAUUCCAGUACCAAAGCAUGUAACCAUUACCAACUCUGAUAAAGGAUCUCAACUCUUAAUUCCUACAUCUGAGAGGACGGACACUGGCAUCUAUACCAUUACUGUCAAGAACAUGGUUGGCCAGGAAAGCUUCAAUGUUGAAAUCAGAGUUACAGAUGAUCCUAAACCUCCAGGCCCAGUGGAGCUGGAACAGAAUAUCCCAGGAACAGUGACGCUGUCCUGGACUCCCUCUCCAGAUGAAAAAAGGGAUGACAGGCUGCACUACAUGGUAUCAAAGAGGGACUCCUUCAAACGGACUUGGAGAACAGUGGCAGACAACCUCUUUAACAACAAAUUCACAGUUGUCAACAUUUUACCUGGACGGCAGUAUCACUUCAGGGUUUUUGCUAAAAAUGACAUGGGCCUUUCUCCACCUUCCGAGUCCCCUGUGUUUGAAACCAAAAAGGAAAAAGAAAAGUUUCAAGUAAACAGACCAGAGAUAAAACGCCGGAUCUUUGAUUCUCCUCCCUCAUUUAUUGUUCCCCUGAAGAGGCGUACAGCCCCACAAGGUUAUGAAUGCUACAUGAGCUGUGCCAUUAAGGGUGAUCCAGCUCCACGUGUUACAUGGUACUGGAACAAUAUCAGCCUCAACACAAACACCAACUACCACAUCACAAAUGUAUGUGGAGUCUGCUCCUUGCUUAUAUUGAGAGUGAGACCCAAAGACAACGGGGAAUACAAAGUCGUCAUACAGAACAAACUGGGGACUGCGGAGUCAUCAAUGACGCUGAAUGUCAGAGAGUGAAGACAAGCCACAGCUCCUGGGAAGAAGCUGAACAAACACCUGUGUGGAAAUAAUAUAACCAAUAAAUGAAAUGUAAAGGAAAAUGUGGUCAUUUUUGUUUAAAUGGUAGAUGUUGCAAAAAUAGUUUAAAAUAUUGCUUUUUGUUUUUUAAAUUCUGAAAAGGGAUCCAAAGCAUUUUGAAAGAAAGACAGUUUGAACAUUUCAACACAAAUGUGAAGUGCCAUUGCUAGUAUCUUAAGAUUAAAUUCAUAAUUUUUUCCGUGUUAUGGUCCUCUAUACAGCUGUCAUAUUUACACUACGUUUUGAGGUUUGCUAUGGCAAUCCACAAAAUAUCCAGGUUAACUGUGUACUGCAACUAGUAUGAAAUAUGAUGAAACAGCUCUCUCUUGAGGUGAAUAUGCAGUGUGACACCCGAAUGCCACAAUAACAGAGUUAAAGAC